UUGGAAUAUCAGUACGGAAAGUUAUUCGGACAGCAACAAAAUGAAACUCUCAUUCGUCCUUAUCGCAGUUGUUUUGUGCGCCAUCUUGUUUGCUGGCUACUCCAAAGCUCAGCCAGCAGGAGGUGAAGAAGUAGCUCACCAUCGUCAAAAGCGCGCCACUUGUGAUUUAUUAGCUCCAACAGGCUACAAGGAAACUCUCUGUGCUGCUCAUUGCAUUGUGCUCGGCUACAGAGGAGGCUGGUGCGAUUCCAAAGCAGUUUGCAACUGUCGCAAAUAAGAUUUGGAAGGAGUGAAGUGGUCUAAAAUCUUUGUAACAGGCACACAUAAUAAAUAAAAUCAUUGUUCAAUAAA